ACAUAGAACGAAGCAGUUCGUCUGCGCUGGUUACUUGUGCUUUUCAUUGUGUGGGCGUGGCAAUGCUAGUGAUGAGCAACUGGCACAGGCUGCAGCUGCUGCUGCUGCAGCUGCUCGUGCUGCUGCAAUGUCUGGGCUGGCUGCAAGCACGCCGCGGCUUUGGUGCCGGCGAACAGGACUGGGCCUAUGUGGAGGUGCGAGAGGGCGCGCAUCUCUUCUACUGGCUGCACUACACGACGGCCAAUGUGAGCGCCCAUACGGAACGGCCGCUGGUCAUUUGGCUGCAGGGUGGACCCGGCGUUGCCUCUACAGGCUGCGGCUGCUUCGAGCAGCUGGGACCCAUUGACAUCGAGGGCAAGCCGCGCGCCAGCAAUUGGGUGCAGCAUAUGAAUAUUCUGUUCAUCGACAGCCCAGUGGGCACGGGCUACAGCUAUGUGGAGCCGCAGGGUCACUAUGCCAAAGAUAAUAAUCAAAUAGCCAAAGAUCUGGUCAAGCUGAUGCGCACAUUUCUGCACAAUCAUCCAGAAUUUCAACGCGUCCCGUUGCACAUCUUCUCGGAGAGCUAUGGCGGCAAAAUGGCACCCGAAUUCGCGCUCGAGCUGCAGCUUGCCAAGCAGCGCAAAAACCUGGAGUGCCAGCUGCAAUCGGUAGUCGUUGGCAAUCCAUGGACAUCCCCGCUGGACAGCACCUUGUCCUAUGCACCCUAUUUGCUGCAGCUGGGCAUUGUGGAUCACGACGGCUAUAGGAGCAUAGCACAUGUUGCCGCCGAGGUGGCCAGACUGGUCUAUGCCGGCAAAUGGCUGCAGGCUAUGGAUCAGGGCAUACAAGAAGUUAUCGAGAAAUAUACUGGAGGCGUGUUUCUCUACAAUACACAGCAUCGCGUUCACAUCAACGAUGUCUAUCGCUACGGCGAGGAUCCCAAGUUGAGGGAAUUUAUGAUCAACAAUGUUACCCAGGCACUGAAUCUGACGCACAUGUCCGAGUGGAUGUCACAAAAUGCGACGGUCUUCAUUAAGCUGGGCCACGACAUCUUCAAGCCAGCGGUUAAUAUAGUUACUCGACUGCUGAAUGAGACGCCGCUACGCGUGGGCGUCUACUCGGGCAUGCUGGAUCUGCUGUGCGCGACACCUGGCACCGUCAAUUGGAUCAAUCGCAUGGAAUGGAAUCGCAAGGAUUUGUAUGUAAGCGCCACACGUCGCCCAGUGCGUAUUGAUGGCAUGCUUGAGGGCUAUGAGAAGCAGGGCGGCGGCUUCAGCAUGUUCUGGGUUUAUCGCGCGGGACAUCUGGUGCAGCAGGACAAUCCCGCUGCCAUGUCUCACAUACUGCGCGAGUUUACGGGAUUCGGAUGAUAAUUCAAUGUUCUAUAUAUCUGGCAAAUAAAGUACACUAAGAGACGAAUACGUGUU